CAUGUACAAAAGACAGCUGAUUUGACACUUUUGACAUUGACAAGUCAAUUUUGUGUGUGUAUGUGUGUUGGAAAAAAAUUAUUGUGAGAAACACCAAUCAUUUUAUUAGAAACUUUCCUUGUCCUAACCCAUCGUACUCUUCAAAGUGAAAUUAUCCAAAAAAAUAAUAAGUGUACUCUCUCAACGAUAUUGUGUGAUAUCCUCGAAAGCACAGCAUCGCAGUGAGCAUCAUGUCUCGAGGAUUUAACAAUAAUUACGGUGCCACAAGCAGUACAACUGUGCCUGAUGUGGUCUCCUUCAGUCCCACGGAAUUUAUCUCGCUGUGCGAGAAUGUGGCGCACAAUAUUGGUUCCGUCAAGUCCGGAUGGCAGGCACUUGAAAAGACCAACAAGAUUAUUGGAACUCAGAGAGACAAUCAACAAACCCGGGAUAAAGUGCACCAAGUGCAAAUGUCGACAAAUCAAAAGAUAACAGCUACUAGCAAGGAUUUACAGCGCCUUGCAGCUAUUGUUCGAGGUGGAGAUAAACAACAGAAGUUGCAGGUGGAAAAACUUACCUCGGAUUUUAAGAUUGUUGUUGAAAAGUAUUCGAGUAGUCAGCAGCAGAUUGCUACAAAGAUGAAGGCAACUCUGUUGAUGAAUGCCUCCCAGAAUGAUGAUUUGGAAAAUUCUGGUGCUCAAGCUGAAACUCAGCAACUGAUGCAGGUUCAGAGGAAUCAGCAGAUGCAGUUGCAAUUUGAGCAAGAGAUGCUGAUUGAGCGUGAGACGAGAAUGAGGGAGAUUGAGGCAGAUGUGCUGGAUGUCAAUCAAAUAAUGCGCGACCUGAAUGUCCUGGUGAGUCAGCAAGGUGAAACAAUUGAUACAAUUGAAAAUAGCAUUGAGAACACGAGAGGGAACAUUGAGGAAGGUGCCACUGAUCUGAUGAAGGCGGCAGAAAAUCAGGCCAAAUACCGCAAGAAAGUGUUGAUCCUCUUAAUAAUUGCUGUGAUAAUAGGCUUAAUCGUUACGGGAAUUAUUGUUGCACGGCUCAAGAGUUAAUUUUAUUUCUUCCCAGUUUUUUUUUUAUAAUUACUUUUAUAUUAUUAUUUUUUUUAUUACAAUUGCUUCUUUAUUUUCCUUCAUUGUUCUUCUAAAAGACAGAAACAACAAAUGAUUGAAAAAGAAGGGAAUACACAAGAUGAAAAAAAUACAAAUUCUUUACACACAUUUCUAAGAAAUACAGCAAAUUCUUAAAUAACUACGAUAAUUUAUGUGAAAGAAGAGGAGAACAUUGUUUUUAUUUUCGUUCUAAAAAAAUUUCCUUUCUAUUAUGAAGAAGAAAAAUAAACAAAUCAUAAAAAUUAAACUCAAAUGAUAGACCCUACAAAAAUAAUUACUAUAAUGAUAUAGGAAGGAUAAUGAAAUAUAAUUAAAAAAUGUAUUUACGAAUAUAUUUACUCACAAUUAAAAUUGAUAUAUAUAUAUAGCAAAAA